GCAGUUCAUGGGCGUACUGACCCAUCGUCCCCCUUCCACGAGAGCUCGGAAGCUUUUCCAGUUUCGCUCCAUUGCUCAGGACCGAGGAGAUAAAGUUCUUUGUCGCUCCACGGGGAAACAGCACGAAGCUUGGAUUCCCCGAGGGGAUUGAUUGAACGAGGGGAGCAGGGAUUUUCGGUUGUGGCGGUGGUGGUGGUGGCUCAGUCAUGGAGCUGGGGAAGCAGCGAGCGGUGUUGUUUCUCAUCAUCUGUCUCGGCUUCGUGUGGAGCAUCGAAUCUACGAGAACUCACGAGAGAUUUUCGCAGAGCUCGUAUUAUUCCUCUCCCGAUGCGUCAUUGUCCACCGAGACGCCGGUGGAAGUGAAUCCAUCGACUUCGACGAUCGACCCGAAUUCGGUCCCGGGUGUGGAGAGCAAGGAAGAGUCGAAGAAGGAUUUCGUAGCUGUGCAAGUCAAGCAGAAUGAGGACGACAAGCCUCAGCAGUAUUUUGAGCGUGGAGGUAACUACGCGAGUACUGGAGACUUCACCGCAGAUGCCAGGCCCUGGUGGUUCAAUCCUCAGUACUCGAACUAUGGAAACCAGCCGACGGACCGGAACCCGAGCACUUCUGAUCCUCGUUACUUCAACAAUUUCGAGCGGCCCCGAGAAACGCCGAGUCAGUACGAUCGAAGCCAGAGGAACUACGCUCAAAAUAUGAAAACAAAUGACGCCGAUUUCAUGCCCGUCGAUGAUCAGACGACUGGUGGAGGAUGUCCGACGCAGUACUGGAUUUCCAAUACCCACAGCUGGCCAACCUUCUUCAACGUGAAAUCCACCAUCGGCGACGCCUUCGGGACUCCAGCCGCCAAAGUUUACGGGGAGACGACCAUUCUGCAAGCGCUCUUGGACACACACGACGACGGGUACCACUCUCUGGGACGGAAUGGGUGCACUGCCAUACUGAACGCUUACAGUCGACCUCAAUACAAGUUCUCCCACCAGAUGGUGAUCGAAAAUUUCAAUGCGGCUCUCGUUUCCAACAAGGCAGCUGCGCGGCAGGCGGCCAUGUUCGAUGAAGCGAAUCUGCGCUCGCUGAGCGGACAGUCCGACUCGUGCCCCUAGUGAGCGAACUUGUACAGCAAUGUCCAUGAAGGACGGCACUCUGGACGACUCAGAGGAGCGCUUGCUGUUGAAAAAGCUUCAUCUCUUCGUGAGCCAAUUCGUCUCCUCUCGAUUUUGAGUUUGUCGAGGUAGUCUGGGAAACUCGUCGCAGCGGAGGCGCAAUGCGAGAUCGAUGCGACGGUUUCCAUUUUCUUACUAUAGUUGUGAAUUAGCAGCGAUCGACUGUUACUGCCCUCCAGGAAGGGCUUCUGUAAUAUAACUCGUUUCCCGGCUGGUGGGUAUAAUAACAAUGUCAGUCUUUGAACUCUUCGAGCGUGUCUAUAGAUGUAGCUCCGACAUGAUUGUACUAUUACAUCCUUCGAUUCCAUCCUCCCUCGCAGUAUCUCUUGUCCUCGAUCUGAGGCCGUCCGUUCGUCCGUCCGGACUUCAUCCAGCUGCUGAAUUAAUGCAACUUAAGCUGUCGGAGUGUAAGUGAUAUCAUCUCAGCACCUCGAUUGUCAUGUCGUACGCCGUCAAUGGACAAGACAAACUUAGAUAUGGCUCCUUGGCUCCCACCAAAACUUGAUUAUCGAAGCAUUCGUCCGACUUUUUCGACCAUAUUCUCAGACUUCUGAGGAAAAAACGCUCACGAAGAUUUUGUACGAGACUUCUUCAUAAACUGCGAUGAAAUGUUCCCGGCUUUUACUGAGACAAACGUUCUCAACUCC